AUUCGGAGGAUACUUUCCUCAACGAUUUGACUUCUCAGAUAUACGUAGGCUGAUUCUUUCAUAUCACCUUAAAUAACUUAUGUUAUAACAAUUUAAACGGUAAUUAUGUCACAAAAGAGCUACAUGACGUGCUUAAUAAAUACUUUACUUUCAUGUUUCGUAAUGACAAGGUUAUUGUUAUCGUUCAGAGGAACUCAUUUCAAAUAGUCUCCUAGAUAUUACUCUAAUAUCUUGUUUCAAAUGUUCGGCCGCAAAACUCGACCGAGUUUUUAAUCUCACAGAUUUUUAUUACGUGAAAUUUCUGACUACCUUCGCUCGCAUGCGUAAAAUUUUUAAAUCGCCAACCGGAUCAGACUUCAAGCCAAGCAUUUCGUUUUGACCGUCUUUCGCUCCGCAUAUUUAAAAAUUGUUUAAAUUACUCUCACCGCGUGUAUGUAACUAAUCGAAAACGGAAAAUAUGGACAGUACAAAACUCCAUAGGUAUUACCGAUCUUCUGGAUAUGAUCUUAAAGGACUGAUAUAUCGACUUCUAAUCACCGACAAUGAUCUUAGACUAAUCCUACGGUUUAGUCCUUACUGCGGAAUGAUAACAUUUGUAACGUGUGUUGCUACGUUAAUCGUAGUAGCGUGUGCUAUAUUUAGCUCAACUGCAGUUAAUAUGAACAAGAAAGCUUAUUACUAUUUGCAAGAUGAAACAACGAAGAAAUUGCCAAGAAAGGAAAGCAUUUCAAACAUUAGACCAGCGUUUAAAUGUAUCCAGGAGCACUUGAAGCUAACGGGGGUGUUUCAAAAAAAAAUCAAAAGAAUGUUGUGCAAGGAGAAACUGGAGAUCGAUAUAAUGAACAGUCGAAUUCACUGUAUCAACGAAUUGCUGAAACCGGAGACACAGUCUCAAUGGAGAAAGUCCAGAUCGCCGAAAGUAUUCUGUCGUAAUAUGAAUUCUAUUUCAUCAAAGUGAUGCUUAAAUGACCACGAAGAUAUAAACACAAGAGUACAUGGUAAUAAAGUUCAAUUAAAACGUUAUGUACAACUCAUGUAAUGCAGGUAGCUGUCUCGCAUCUGUUCACAUCUUGUGGAAAAACAUUGUAUAAAUUAAUGUGAUUAGCGUAUUAAAGUAAUAUAUCCUGUACUAUAAAGUUUUAAAUAUAUUAGACUUAUUUAAACUUGUAAUUCAAAUGUUCACAUUCAUUAGCGCUACGAUAGCAGACGUUAAAUUAAUUCUCUUCGACAUAUGCUACUCAACAUUGUGAUAAAUUCAAAAUAUAUAAUUCGAACUUAUAUAUGUACAUUCGUACAUGCGUCUUAAUUACCUCUGGCCAUAAUUCUGAGUUAAUUUCAUACAAUUAUCUAUUCAUAAACAAAAAAGCAGAAUCAUGACGAAUAAAAUAUUUUCUUCAUCGCAA